AUGAGUCAUCCAAUUCAUGAAGCCAAUGAGAAGAGCCCCUACGGCAACCUCACAAAGGAGGCUUUCUACAAAAAACACAACAUCCUCCACCAAGAGAGCUCCUUCACCAACGCCCAAAACAUGAACAUCUUCACCCAGUCAUGGCAGCCGAACGACCCCUCCCGCCCCAUCGCGGCCUUCCUCGGCAUGAUCCACGGCUACACCUCCGAGAGCGGCUGGCUUUUCGAGCUCAACGCCGUGGCCGCCGCCAAAUCCGGCCUCUUCGUCUGCGCCCUCGACCUCCAGGGCCAUGGCCUCUCUGACGGCCCCCGCGACCACAUCACCGACAUCCAGCCCCUCCUCGACGACUGCCUCCGCUUUUUCGCUGACGCCAGGGCCAGGCACCCCCCAGGCCUCCCAGCCUUUCUAUAUGGGGAGUCUCUGGGAGGCGCCCUGGCCCUCCUGGCCUGCCUGCGCCAGGGGGCCUGUCAGGCCCCCUGGCGUGGCCUCAUCCUCAGCGGGGCCAUGCUGGAGGUGUCUAAAAAGUUCAAGCCGGUGUGGCCGCUGGAGAAACUGCUGCCUGCGGCGGCGUACGUGGCGCCGGCGUGGAGGAUCGCGAUCACGCCGCCGCCGGGGAGGCGGUCGUACAGGGAGGGGUGGAAGAGGGAGCUGGCGGCGGGGAGCCCGAGUAGGAGGACGUGCGGGCGGCCGACGGCGGCGACGGCGCAGCAGCUGCUGAGUGUUUGCGAGUGUAUAAAGAGGGAGUGUGGGGGUGUUGACGUGGCGAUGCUGAUCCUGCAUGGAGGCGAGGACGUGAUCUGCGAUCCCGAGGGGGCGAGGCGGCUCUACGAGGCCGCGGCGAGCAAGGACAAGACGAUCAAGGUAUACGACGGCGCGUGGCAUCAACUGAUCGGGGAGAGUAACGAGUUUGUGGAGGAGGUUUUUGACACCGUGCUGACGUGGAUAAAAGUCAGAGCUGAUUUGACAAACAUCAAUUGA